CGGGCGGCGGGGCCGGGGCUCAGGCAGAGCGCUAUGCGGAGGGCGGGGCUCUUCCCGCUCGUCCUGCUGCUCGGCCUCCCGCUCGGCCUCCCGGGGCAGGAGCGGGAGGGAGAGCGAGAGCGGGACCGGCCCAGCCGCUCCGACCUCAGUCUCCUCCUCCUCCGGCGGCAACAACAACAACAACAACGGGAGCAGCAGCGUGGGCGGGCGGAGGAGCAGCCCGGAGGCCUCCCGGAGGAGGCGGCGGCGGCGGCUCCCCCAGUUCCGGUUUUCACCUUGAAAGUCCAAGUGAAUGACGUCAUCAGCCGUCAGUCCCUGCGCCAAGCAAUGGUGGACGUGUUCGUCAACUACACGAAGACAAAUUCUACCAGAACUGGAAACAAUGGGGCGGUAUCGAUAGACAUUCCCUACAAAUCGGGGCUCAGUUUGACUAUCGCGUCCUACAAGGAUGGCUACAUGUUAACCCCAUUCCCUUGGAAGACUGCAAGAAUGCCAAUAUAUUCAUCAGUGACACUUUCACUGUUUCCUCAAAGCCAAGCAGAUAUAUGGCUAUUUGAAGACACUGUUUUAAUUACCGGAAGGUCAUCUGAUGCCAAAAUUCAGCCAAAGGUUCAGUUUCCAAAGGUCUUAAUUAACCUUCCCAACAAUCACCUCCUCAUCAACGUCACUGGCUAUCUUACCGUUCUACAGCAGUUUUUGAAAAGAGACAAUUUCCUUUAUGUGACAGGCAUUCUUCUUAAUAAAUCAGGGUUUAAAAGCAUCGAGUUGAACCCAGUUGCUGCGAUAUGUGUGAAUAUAUUUUCCGGCGGAAGAGAAUUAGAAGUGUCGGGUUCCAUUCAAGUUACCCUUCCCCUCUUACCCACCAAUUCAAUACAGCCGGGGGACUUUAUACCCGCCUGGACAUUUGACUUGAAAACCGGUGCUUGGGUGAACUGUGGAUUGGGACUAGUUAAAGAGCUUGAUGACCAUCUGGUGUGGACAUAUGAGGCCCCACAUUUAGGCUAUUGGAUUGCAGCCCCGCUACCUGGAUCCAGAGGUUCAAUCAUCGGUGCUGUUUCCCAGAACAUAGCCGACUACCACUCCGUUUUUCUUUCAGCCAUACUAGGGGGAACAAUAGUUAUUGUGGUCGGAUUCCUUGCCGUUGUCCUCUGCCUCUGCAGGUGUAAGGGCGACCGGCGCCAGAAACGAGAAAUGAAUACUACUCUCCUGGCCGUCCUGAGGAGAGACCAGGCCACGUCGAUGACCCACCUCUAUCCAUGCACUCCAAUCAAGGGGCUGAAGGUCCACUCCAGCUCACAGUUAAACCAAUCUCGACCGAGCCCUUACGAUCCAAAGGAUUCUGUCUGGUCAGAAACGGGGAAGAGAAUGACGGCGGCGAGAGCUCGGGACGGUUUAUACCGUGGAGAUGUUUCACCAUGGGCAGCCGGUCAGAACGACCCCUCCGGAAACGCCUCACGGCUUGCGGUUAGCUCUGGGGCCCGACAACCCGGCCAGUAUCUCCAAGAACACGAAGGCCAGUAUGGACUCCCCCAUCUCCCCAAGCAACUAGUGCCAAUCUGCGGUCAGUCGGUGGCUAUCCUUCAAGCCUCGGGCCUUUUCCGUUCUCAAGGGCAGUCCCCCGGGGCGAAAUCAGCUACUUUGCCGAGAAAGGGCCAGGUACGGUACGGUCAACUGGCAGAGCAGUUCAACGGAGACGACUACCCUCAGAUGUCCGGCCCUCCUCCGUCUCAGCCCUCCGAGUCCAGAGACGAUCCCGUGACCCACCUCGGGGACCCAGGAUCCCCAUCCCAAACUCCCACUUGGAGUCGAUAUUCCGCUAGCUUGCUGGAGUCCGUGUCAGUUCCAGGCACCCUGAACGAAGCUGUCGCCAUGACUCCGUAUUCCUCCGAACUCCAAGGCAUUUCAGAGAAGACCCUGUUGGAGCUGUCCAAGGGGAAGCCCUCCCCCCAUCCCAGGGCCUGGUUCGUGUCUCUCGACGGCCAGCCGAUCGCUCAAGUGAGACAUUCCUUCAUCGACCUGCGCAAGGGCCGUCCCGAGAGCAAUGACAUCAGCCUGGACUCCGGAGUGGACAUGAACGAGCACCAGUCCGGCCGGAAGCUGGAGAGGGAGAAGACGUUCAUCAAAAGCGGGCCCCAGCCCCCGAUCCUCUACCCGGGGGGAUUCGACCUCAACGGUAGCAAGAACAGAGCGGCCAGGUGCGGCCCCGGGGCCCCAGGUCCGAGGCCCGUGGGUGCCGGAGGGAGGGGGGAGGUCGGGGGUCUCAGAGAAGGGCAGAGUCUCUUUGAGGGAAGAGCCCGGAUAAGGACACCAGAUCCUACCCAUCCCCCGGGAGGAAGGGGAGCAGGCUGCCCUUAGCCGGGAGAAGAAGCAGAACUGACAGGUGAAGGAGAAAAGCAGAGCAGCCCCUGGUUGCUGACAGUCAGAGCUGGUUGGCUCAAGAUGCUCAUCCGGUCUGACUGCUCGGAAUUCUGCCUCUGCUUGGCUUUCCUCUGACGGCAACGGCAUCCGAUCCUUGCCUUUGGACUUCUUCCGUCAGUCAGGGACAAUCUCUGGUCCUGGCCUUAUUUGAGAAAAGAUCGCUCAUUCAAACCUGAGAGAGCGUAUCCUCCGACACCACCACUGCCCCCAGAAAGCUUCUGUUGCAGUUUGGCUUUCCCAUUUGUGUCCAGUUUCUUCCUUGGGUUCCUGCCGGAAAUACGAGGGAAGUAUCCAAUUCCCUACCUUCUAAAAAUACUCUGGUGGGAGCUAGAAAGAACACCGAAGAAGGCAGAGGUAAUCUUCCUCCUCUCGGUCAGCAGAGUUAACCAGUCAGUCAAUCAAUCAGUCAUUGGCACGUGUUGAGCACUGGGCUAGGUGGCUCGGGCGAGAAUGCCCAUAUGUGGUAGAGUUACGUGCCCUCUCCCUUUGGUUAAUAGUUACAGCUUCUUGUGAACCCUCCAUCUUCAUACGCUUGCAGGGAAUUAUUUCCAUCUAUAUUCUGGAUGGGAUUUGUCUAGCUCCCUAAGAUCAGCACAGAUUCUUCUUCUUAUGUGAUGAACCACAUUCUUCAGUGUGUCAGCUAACAAAAUCCCCUUCUUGAAUGAGGUGAGCUGGGCAGUGGUUUCUCUCUCUGGUGGUUACUUAGAUGUUUCCUGUGCUUUAUUUGACUUCUAAAAAUUGCUUCCUCUUCCUUCCCCAUCUCAUUAUAAAGCGAGCGCUGUUAGCCCAGUUUUUCCUCAAGGUGUGUGUUACAGAACUGCUUAAAACCAUUCCAGGAAUAACCUGUACCUGAGCUCUUUGAGGCCCAGAGGUUUUGGAGCAUGUUGAGCUGCGAUCUUAAUCAAGUGUCCAGUGCACUGGUGAAGAAAUUUGAGUUGAAGUUUUAACAUUCCUGAAAAAAUGUUCAGAAGGUACAUUGAGUUCAAAACUAUAAUUGCCAAUCUUUUUAAAGAGGGAUAGUUAAGCACUGACUAAUGAAGAAAGGCCUGCAACUUGUGUAUAGGAAAAAUGUCCUUUGACCUUUCAAAUAUUCCCCUUAUGAAAUGUCAAGGCUAAGACUUUAUUAGUAAAAAAUUAAUCAAAAAUGCUUGAGAAGAAGAUUAAAUUAAAAGCCUUGCUUUCUUUACUGCCUGCAA